AUGCUUGAUAUUGGCUGGCUUUGUGGCGCUGCAGUGAGAGCUGUGUACUGGCUAGUGAUGCUCGCCUGCAAUUUCCUCGGUUAUUCUCCAAUGUGGGCCAAAAACGCGUUGAAACGCCGUAAUAUGGUACGCAUUCAGUUAUAUAACACAUGAAAAAAAUUCAAAAUUUUCUAGGAAAGUUUUCGCCUCCGAACACCAUCUAAUUUGGCGAUUCUCUACACUGAAAGAGUUGUGGAGAAGGUAUAUUGGUUUCACUUGUGUGGCUUUGUCUCAAGAUUAUUGAUUCAUUCAGGAAGAAUUGAGAAAGUUGAUUGAAAUAUGCAGCAAAUCCGGGGUCCGACACCUUUCCUUGUACGAUCAUUGGGGCGACGUUCAAAAGUGUGUUCCAAAUUUUGUGGACUUUUGUCGGUUUAAUGUGAGUUCUUCGAAGAAACUCGUUUAAAAUCCAAUCAUCAGGGAAUUCGAUUGAUUUUGGGAAGAACCGUGGAAGUGUCGCCCGAUUUCAGUGCGAGUGGCAUGACUGUUCAAGUUUUGUCCUCAGACUCGGGAAAACGAGCUCUAGUCGAUGUCUGCAAAUCUGUGAGUCGAAAUUCUCUUCAAAUAAUCAUCCAAGAGGCUGUUGAGGAACUCGCAAUGAGAUGAAGAGAAAGCUUAAACGAAUGCUUGUUUUACAACCGCAUUUUCUUGAGUUUUUGUGUUCUAAUGCAAAAAUAAAAGUUAGCUAGGCAAGAAGAGUUUGGAUCGUUUUGAUAUUUUCACGAUGAGCUUCACAAUUUUCAGCUGUGUGAGUCAAAUGUCGAAAUAACAACCGAAACGAUAAGUGAAAAAAUUGCUUUGGAUCAUCUAUUGGUGGACCCGGACUUUUUAAUCCAGGUAAGUUUUUCUUUCUUCUGAAAAUUGGUUUGAAUAAGGGCACAAAGACGUUUUUGAGAAGCGGUGAUAAUGAAUUUUCGCUGAAAUUUAGAAAAAUGUACGUUUAUUAAAAAUGUCUCUUUCAUUCAUAUCCGGUUUAAUCGUCGUUUGGAUCAUUUUUAUUUUUCAAAAACUGUUUUUUUUUUCUUUUUUUUUAUUUCAAGAACAUCGGGGCUAUACCUUCUUGUGAUAUUUCAUUAAAAUUUUCUCAUCAGCUUAAAGUUCUUAUCAAGAAUACUUCUCAGAAUAAGUUAAAAUAAAGAUAAAGUUUUUUUUUGCAGAAAGAAACAAUUCAUAGAGAAAAUUUUGUAAAGUAUUGGGAGGCCUGAAUUUGCAGGUCGGCAGUGUUCCUUCGCUUUGCGGGUAUCCUCCAUGGAAUCUUCGGGUGACGGAAUUCAUGCAGACCCAACGGCUGCCGACGACGCCGCGCGCCUUCGAAAACUGCAUCGAAACUUUCAGCCGACGUGACAUACGCGUUGGCAAGUAG